GUUUUUGCAAUGUCUGCGCACAAAAAAGUGUAGCCAUAUUUUGCGCAUCACUUCAUUCAGUUAAGAUAAGUCUUGAAUAGUCUGAACUGCAUGGUUGACUUUCACACAACGAACGAUAUUGAGUGCUACAUUUUGUUGUGAUAUUGUAACCGACCUUGUGGCCGUCGUGCUUCAGGUUUUCCCGCUGGGUAAUUGAAUGCUCGUAGCGCGGGAAAUCGUAGACACAGGCAACAAAAAAAAUCGAGAUUAAGUGGGGCACAUGAAUGAAUGGCCCUCGAUUGAUAUCUACCUUGUUACUUACGACAACCCUGCAUGAAGAUUGCUAGAGAAAUUAUAGUAGGGAGGGGCAGAGGUGAAUACGACGUCAAAAAUGAGUUGGCCCAGACGGAACUUUCAGUGGCCGGAGGUCGCCCUCUGAGGAUCAAUCCGCGCUUUUGUCAAGCAUCAGAGCGAUCUGGCUCGCUAGCCGUGUCGUACCGAGGCUCCGAAGUUUCGACGGAACCCGUUUUUACGCAGGGAAUUACUGUGCUGUCAACGAUUUGUGCCGCACUAGCGCUGUUAGCACUACACCUAGUGGACCAGCAGCACCUGGACCACCAGUGAGUAGGGCUCAUUUACUUGUCGUCUACGAUAACGUAGGAAGCGGCGAUCAUGACGGGUAGUGACUUCGUGGACUCUGAUCCGGCGACGGCAGAACAUCUGUCUUUGAACUACGGACCAAACCAGCUCGAGCACUUUUAUCAGCGGCUAGAUAAGCUUGGCGAGGGAACUUUCGGAACCGUGUAUAAAGCGCAAGAUCUGCAGACCAAGGAAUACGUGGCGCUCAAACGUACAACCAUAAAUAUGGGUGAUGUAGUGUGUGUAUGAAUGAACGUAGCAUCAAGCACUAGAGAGAGUUCUCGGGCAAGUCAUAGCACGUGUUGAGGUUGUGAAAGGAUCCAUGAUGUUCUAAUCCGUUCGGAAACCACUGUGACCUGGUAGCUCCUUAUCACCUCAUUUUUUUUUUACCUGGCUGGCAGUGAGACGCGACCCCCGUUAUGUGCCUCGCGCUGCACUUGAGUGCGGGGUCCGUUAAGUGCCUCGCACGGCAUUAGGAGCAGAGUCCAACAACUGCCUUGCGCGGCACUUAAGAACAGCCUCCGUUCGAUGCUUCGCUUAAGAGGUGACUGUCACUACUUAAGCGAACUCUCGCUUAAGCGGGGACCGCGUCAUCACCACUUAAGCAACCUCUCGCUUAUAAGCGGUGACAGUGUCGGUCGCUUAAGCGGUGACAGUGUCGGUCGCUUAAGUGGUGACAGUCACUACUUACGCAGCGAGUGGCAGUCACCACUUCAGCGACUUUUCAACCAAAAGAAAGCGGUGAUAUCGGCACUCAGCUGAUUGGGUAUCCACUUGAUUGGUGACGACAGGCUACAUGAAAUGAAUUAAAGCAGGUAUUGCGUUCAACGCCGAAGACGAAGAAGGCAUUCCUUCGACCGCGCUGCGGGAGAUCUGCUACUUGAAUGAGGUUUCGCAUGAAAACAUCAUAAAACUGAAGGAUGUGCACAGCUACGUGGGUAACAAAGGCGGUUAUUUACAUUUAUGAAUUUCGAUUUUUUGAAGAUUAUUUGUGUACAUGCAUUCGCUGCAUGGCGUUCCUCCGAAAUUUAUUGGAAACACGAUUUGUAAUUGUACUUACAUCUUUAUUGAAAAUGAACAAAACUUUUUUAUCCUUACGUCGUCUGUGUUUAGAGUUAGAUCUUUGUCGUAGCCGAUAGGACAACACCAGCGUCCGUUACUCAAACCAAGACGAAGCUACAAGGCGACCAAAAAAAGGUCCAAAUAAAGUAGUCACUGUCGUGUCCUCCAGGCCCCCAUGUUGUUUAACGGUUAGUUAAAGACUGUAGUCCCCCUUAUAGACUGCAGACGCAAAGUAGUUGGUUCUAAUGCACCUCGUUUUCGAAUUUAUGGAUGCAGAUUUACGCCAGUUCAUGAAGCAGCAGGCGGCGAAAAUGUGCAACGCCGCGUUGAAAAACGUCGGGAAAAUGAUGCUGAACGGCCUGGCGCAUUUGCACAAACACCGCAUCAUCCACAGAGACAUCAAGCCACAAAACGUGCUCAUAUCUUGGGACAUGCAGACGCUGAAAAUCGCAGAUUUCGGAUUGGCUAGAGCCUUUUCGGUCUUUCAAUUUUUUCAGUCCUUGUCACUGUAGCGGACGACUAGGAAAUCUUUUUAACUAAUCCACAUUAUUAUACUCCUACAUUAUCAUACAUACGAUAGAAAUCCCCGCAUAGAAUUAAACAAAAGACAGGCGCCAGUUCGGAAUUACACGCAUGAGGUUGUGACCCUGUGGUAUCGAGCCCCUGAAAUCUUGCUUGGAGAAAAGAAAUACACAGUGUCGAUAGAUCUGUGGAGUUUCGGCUGUGUGUUUGGUGAGCUCGCGAAUGACGGCGCGCCUGUUUUUGUCGGGGAUUCAGAAAUAGGGACCAUCUUUCAAAUCUUCAAGACAAUAGGUGCUACAUCUUUGAUGUUGUUUUGAGCGAGGAAGACGUUCCUAAAUUUUUGACCACCACUCUUGUGAAAUGAAUUGUGAUGCAAUUUUUUGACGAGUGCUGUGAUUAUAUAGUUAAAGAAGCUAGCAGGCUUCAUGCUUAUGCUAGAAAAAAAUCUCUACCUUUUCGAGAACACCAAGAUGCACCAUCAACGCGUCUUUCUGGUGUCUAUUAACCUGUCUUCUAUAAAAAGUUAAGUCCUUAGUUGUCAAAAAAUGGUAAUAAAAAACUGCGCAGGUAGCCCGACAGCAUACGACUGGGCAGGAGUCCGCGAGCUACCUUAUUUUUCACAAGAGUAUCCGAAGUUUCGGGCAAAACCGGUCGAGGAAUGGUUAUGCGCGCGUCCGUCACCGCCAUGCGACGUUUCGGAUCUACCUUACCUAUACAACAUGCUGCAGUUGAUAUUUAUGACUUAAGAGUUUGUAAAUCUAAAUAGUACCCCUACUAGUUAGUACCGCUUCAUCUGAAUUAUGAACAAUCGUGCAGUGAUCUCUUCACAUUGCUGACGUGUACCCCGUAGAAGCUUCAAAAUUCAGAAUUAUGAUUAAGUGCACAUUAUUGCUUUCAUUUUCUUCCAGUACAACCCGCACAAGAGGCCUGCGCUGGAGGACUUGCAGCAUCACCCGUACUUCGUCGGACCGCAUCAUGGCAGCUCAUCCUUACAAGCCAGUUGUGCGGGAGAGCGCGGGGGCGGUGCCACGGUUCCAGUCACUGGCACAGCAAGUAUAGUUAAGCACCCGGCUGAUACUUGAUACUAUUCUUGGAGGUAUCUCUACACUGAAUGGCCUCAUAUAUAGAUGCGAAACGCUAUAAAAGAGGCGCCAUGACAUGACAUUGAUCAUUGGAUACUACAACUAGUUGGGUGGGCGACCACAUGGCUCUGUGUGAGACUUGCAAUGGUUACAAGUAGGAAUCGCUCAGACGUGAAGGGAAAAUCAGUCAAGGACCUAUAAUUGUGCGCGGCCACUUCGAAGGGGUCCCAUUAUUUUCUAACACGAGCGCUGACCAGGCGAUGGGUAUGAGCAUGACUGGGCAUCACGCAGGAUCUCAGCAUUACGGCGAUAGCACAGCAGGCGGCGGACAGCCGAUGAUGGGCCAGCCUUUCGGAGGCAAUAGUCAUGGUGCUUGAGCCGCUGAUUCCGAUAGGGUGCGCCUCAUAGUGGUCGAAUAUUCAAGGCUUGAAGUAAUUCAUCUUUAGAAGCAUCUUUGUCACCUUUUUUAACAGAAACUACGUCAAAGAUGCUUUCCAAAAUGAAUAUAUGUAAGCUCUAAAAUAUGGACAUCGUAGUCGGUCCGACUAGAAUGACCUACUACAUUGGUCAAUUGAUGAAUCUUGGUCAAAUCCCAACAAUUUUUAACAACGGAUGAGUCCUGUGUAGUUUAUUUGGAAAACCUUGUUGUGUGAAGAUUUUUUCUUACUGUUCAUCUUGAGUUUCGACUUUUUUUUGUGAUUUUUUGUAUGUUUCGACCUCAUUUGAGAACUCAAAAAGCUGUGCAAACUCUGGAGUAUGCAAGCGAACCGCAAUCGAGACUGUUGCAUUACGAUACUUCUCGCUGUCUGCUUGAAGAACGACGAUGCUUCCAUUGGUGUUUUCAAGAGAUAUCGAAAAUUAUCGACCUUCUAAACAAGACUCGUUGACAUAGUAGACAUUACACCCUGUCGACGAAAUGUUAGAUUUUCUGCUGCACUAUUGACUUUUAUAGAGCUUUUGUUGAGAUGGAAAACUAAAACUAUUAACUAGAGGACGUCACUCAUUAAUUCCAAAUAUCUAUGAUCGAGAAGUUGUACAACGUAAUAUUAGUCUUUUUUCUGAACAGUGGAGUGCCCAAAAGUUGGGUUUACUGAAUAGUAUCGAGUACAUAUUCAGCAUAGAAAUUUUCCCGUCAUUCAUGAUUUGCAUGCAAUAUUUUACUGAAUACUAGUAAAGCACUACUUCAAGAACUUAUGCAUUGAUGUAGGUUUUGUUGAAUAGAGGGAGUGUGAGUGCUUUGAAAUUAAUAUUUUUGGAUUAGAAACAAACGACAAGAUGACUAAUAAACAAUCGUUUCGUUUGUUGCAUGAUUUUUUACGUAGAGUAAGUUCGGGGGUAUCUUUUUUUGUAACUAGGUAUAAAACUGUUGACCUAUGAUUUUGAGAUGUACAAGAACAGCAGUCGAACUGAAUUUUCGGUUUUAGACACUCGUAGACUUUGAGUCAUCACGGAUGGGUAAGCACUCUGCGUCUGCACUCUGCACCAUCACUGCAGCAGUUCGUCUAAGGAUCAGCACUUUUUUUAACAGGCACGUAGACGAAUUGUGUUUCACUUGCCACGUAUGACCUUAGUACAUGAACAUCGAUCUGUAAAUGCUCUGAACACGUUUCGAAGCAUCCCACUUUCCUACUUGAAGUCGAAAUGAAUCUUACCUUCCGCCAGCGUUCGUCCAUUUGUUAUAUUAGAUGGAUGAUCCCAAGCCCAACUGCUAUAUUAGAUGGAACCCAACCGAAACCUAAGCAUAAAUCUCAACAUGUAGGAGCGCAUUCUGGGCCACGGCAGUUUGAGAGAAG